AUGUCAGCUCCGGCAACAGAUGGCGGCGGUGGCAGCGACUAGAGCCAGCAUAAAUCUGACGGGGUGAAGGCACUAAUAGGGCACUCCAGGCCAGUGACUAGACUUGUUUACCUAAUGAAGAACUGGAACCAGGCCUAUUCAACCUGAUGUCAUUGAGACUCUUGCCUAAAGUCUUGGAUUUUUCUCUUUACCUUCUUUUUCCAUUGGAGGCCGCAGAAACCUCGGGCUAGAUUUGGCUAGGCACCGUCCCGGUUGCAUGACGUCUGCGCGGUUAUUUAGAACAUCUCGGGAAAUUAUUUUGCCAGAAUCUGGCAGUUUUUUAAUCUUCAAAUUUGUAUUUUUUUAGAUGACAUUUAUUUUUGCACGAUAAUUGUUAUUCAUGUGGAAUAGAAACAAAGUUAAAGAUGCAUGCUAACUAAUGCUAUUCUGCUACAAUGCUAGUUAGCUAACGUUACCUAGCAGCGAAACUAGCAUGUUGAAUGAAUGAAUGCAUUGGCGACUCCCUGCAUUUAAUAAACGGCUAUAUGAUGAUAUUGCAAUAACACGUCGAAUAAUAUAUGAUAGACCGAUUUACAACUGGGUGAACCUGUGUGUCCGGCUCUCCUUUGACUGUUAAGCGUGACGCUACCCUCAAAUGGACAGGAAUGCCAUUCCACGGAGUCGGCGGACAGCGGCGACUUAGCACGCAAACAUAGUGCCGUGCUAACAGCGCCGAAAGCCCGGUAAUGUUUACGAAGCUGUGGCGAGCUCAUCUUAGCUAGCAACAUACCCUCGCACCACUCCUACUCUGCUGCAAUAAGUGUGAAGCCUACGCCCGCCCCGCGAUGGGAAACACCGUGUCAUGCUGCGCCUCUCCCGAGUCGAGCCCCAAACUGCCGUCGAGGCAGCCGGCAGAGCGGCUGGAGGAGCUGCAGACCAGCACCGAAGUGAGCGACGACAACACCGUGCCCUACCUGCAGCACAUAAGCGACAGAGAGGUCCCUGACGAGCUGGCCUCGGAGUCGAACCCGUCGGACCACGCGCGGGCGAGCACCAUCUUCCUCAGCAAGUCCCAGACAGACGUACGGGACAAGAGGAAAAGCAACCACAUCAAUCAUAUCAGCCAUGUGUCGCCUGGUCCACUGUCCAAGAAAUACAGCUCCUGCUCAACCAUCUUCAUCGACGACAACACCGUCAGCCAGCCAAACCUCAAAAGCACAAUCAAAUGUGUCACGUUAGCAAUAUACUACCACAUCAAAAACAGGGACUCGGGCAGGUCGCUGGACAUCUUUGAUGAGAAGUUGCACCCUUUAUCAAAAGAACCAGUGCCAGACGACUACUCGCACGUCGGCCCGGAACACAAACUCAUCUAUCGCUUUGUCAGAACGCUGUUCAGCGCCGCGCAGCUCACUGCAGAAUGCGCCAUCGUCACCCUGGUGUACCUGGAACGCCUGCUGACCUACGCCGAGCUGGACAUCUGCCCCGCCAACUGGAAGCGCAUCGUCCUGGGGGCCAUCCUGUUGGCUUCCAAAGUGUGGGAUGACCAGGCGGUGUGGAACGUCGACUACUGCCAGAUCCUUAAAGACAUCACUGUGGAGGACAUGAAUGAGAUGGAGCGCCACUUCCUGGAGCUGCUCCAGUUUAAUAUCAACGUGCCGGCCAGUGUCUACGCCAAGUACUACUUUGAUCUGCGGCAGCUGGCUGACGACAACAACCUCAGCUUCCCCCUGGAGCCCCUCAACAACCAGCGCGCCCAGAAGCUGGAGGCCAUUUCCAGACUCUGCGAAGACAAGUACAAGGACCUGAGUCGAGCAGCCAUGAGGCGAUCCAUCAGCGCCGACAACCUGAUCGGCGUACGCCACUCCAACGCCGUGCUGUCGUAGGUCUGGACGUGAGCCGCCCCCCCCCCCCCCCCCCCCCCCGUGUGUCCGCCUCAGCGCGUCCCGGCUGUAACGCGUGGAGGGACCCCAAAAACACCUUAUUUAUUAUUAUUCCUGGAGCAAGCGUUCAGUAGGUGUCGCUCUGUUGCAGUUAUCUUUGAGGGGGAAGGUGGGGAGGAGGAGGGGGGGGAGGGGGGGGUAAUGUAAUCUUUGAAUUGUCCCACGCAGCCUGGCGUUAUUCAGUAUUUUAGAUGUCGUCACCGAAUUUCACAAGACGACCAAAACCAAGAAUGUCACUUAUUGGAUUUCCCCAACCUGACUCACAGUGUACUGCCCACUAAUACUACUACUACUACUACUACUACUACUUCUACCACGACUACUACUACUACUACUACUACUACCACGACUACGUCCACUACUACUACUACUACUACUACUACUACUACCACGACUACGCCCACUACUACUACUACUACUUCUACCACGACUACGUCCACUACUACUACUAUACUUUGUGUUCAAAGUAAUGAAGGAACAUGAUGGCCCCCUGAUGCAUUUGAGUUCUGUCCGUCUGGGUCCACCGGGUCGCUUCAGCGUUGGUUUUGGUCUCUUCGUGGGAUCGGUCGACCCAAAUCGAAUAUGGAACCAGGUGUCAUUUUAAUAUGUCCCUUGUGAAUUGAAACCAACGAUGGACACUCAAACCGCGUGUCAGUAUUAAGCGAUACAUGCAGGGAGGUGUCAGUCCCCCCCCCAGGGGGUCACUUCCAGGCUCCAGCUGGUCUAACGGGGCCGACUCCCUGAUUCCAGAUCAGCGUUGCUGCCGGCGCCCCCCCCCCUCCCUCGUUUACUGCUAGUCCCGGACCCCCCCACGCACAGCGUUGAAAUAAAAAAGAAACUACAUAGAUACUCAGGGGUGGGGGGGGUCAGAGACGCUGGAGGGUGAUACUCUCCCCCCACUCCCCUUUUUGCUUACUAUGUAGGCUACUUAGCUGUGAAAUCUGAAGUCUGUUUUUAAUUGAACAAAAAAAGUAUUUUAAAUAAACACUAAUCCUGUAUAACAAAGACUUCUCUUGGUCAUUUAAAAUGUUAUUUAUCAUCUGGGAGCUUUCUUUUAAGGCGAUUCAUGUUUUGUUGUAUUUAGCCUGGCACAAAGCCGUUAUAAAACAUCAUCAAUUAGUGGAUACACACUCAUCCAAUGUAACAUAAUCCUUUAUAACAAAGAGCUUCAUCAUCAGAGUCCAGAAUUUAGACUUGUGUGUGUUGUGAUUUAAAAAUGGAGGAGCAGCCAAUGAGGGGGAGUGAAGCUUGGUGCAUUUUGAAUGUUUGGGGCAUAACGGAAGUGCUUUUUAAUACGUUACAAUUGAACAGAGAUUCCAACUGAUGUGUUUUCCACUUUUAACGUCAAUUAUUUAACAGUUCAACAACAAUCAUUCCUCCUGGUACAACAUUAGCGCAGAUUCCGCUUUCACACUUGAACAAGAAAUCAAAUUAUUUUUGCCCAAACAGAAAGUCUACAGAAAGCCAACAUGUUACGCCAGAUAAACAGAAAACGUCCUUAAUCCCACCACAUGAUUCACAAUCUCCAUUAUGUUUUCUGUACGAGAGCACAUAGACACAAACAAAGAGCUAAAUGUCCGUUUCCCAGCAUCCUUCAUCACUCGCACAACUCGGCCUAAUAAAUAGAUCUCAUCCAGCGUAAGGAGCAGCAACAAUACCAGCGCUUCAUUGCCACCAGGCCUCAGACCUUUGGAUACACGUCGGGACUUUUCCUUUUUUAUACUUUGUUCUUUACAAAUCUGUUUGUUCUCUGAAGCCCUGAUUUUCUUCUUUUUAAAGCAUCACCCAAAGCCGUGCUUGUUCAUGCUAAAAAUAAGGACAAAUGUUCAAUUAUUACAAUUAUUUCUCAAACCAACGGCCCCAAACCCCCAAAAUAUAAAACUUAAGAUUUUGUUACUUUGUACCUUUAUUCAAUUAUUAACCAUGACUGUUUAUAACUAAUUCACUAAAGGAGGAAUAUUUAAGCUUGAUUCAAGUCUCUAACAUUUAAGUCAAAUAGUUCCAAUAAAAUCCACCUGAUGGGUAGGAACAAUAGAUUUGCAUCUUUCUUGUGGAAAGUCUGAGUGUUUCUUUUAAAUUGCUGUUAAUAAACAUGCAUCUAAAAGAGCUGAAAAGACUCAUUUCUACUUUAAAGGAGAAU